AUGUCCAAACCUACUGAUGGAGAUAAUAAAGUAGAAAAAUGUAAUGUAACUAAAGUCAUUCUAGUUAGUGGAAAACAUUAUUAUGCACUUAACAAUUACCGAGAAACUUCUGGAGACAUGAAUGUUGCUAUCAUUAGAAUAGAAAAUUUAUGUCCAUUUCCUGUUCACGAGUUACUAGGAGAAAUUGAAAAAUAUAAACAUGCGAAAACUUUUAUUUGGAGCCAAGAAGAACCACGAAACAUGGGCGCAUGGAGUUUUAUUAAACCACGUUUUGAGAACUUAUGUGGACGACAAGUAAGUUAUAUUAAAUUACAGAAAUUAAUUGUAAAUUAUACAGGGUAUCAGAUACUAUAG